AUGGGUUGCGCAAAAGUGUGCGGUUGGAUUUUGGGUUGUAUCGGCUGUUGUUGCUGCACAAUCGUCCUCGGUUUUCUUUUGAUCAAUUUGGGAGUUUUCGGUGGUUUCUACUUUUUGGCCAAAACUGCAACAUCGUGUAAUGAAACUGAAUUAGCGUUGGCGGCCGAAAAAUGCGAUGGUCUUGGAUAUCAAGUGACAAAUCUCACCGCAAAAAGUAUCAGCAGAUAUGGUUUCGACUACAAUAAUAAGGAGAUUAGUGAUGCUUGUACUAAAUAUACAGUGAGUUAGGGUCCCGUGAUGAAUUUUUGGUGAAAAAUACGAUUCCGAAGACAAAAAUAGCCAAAAAUAUUUUUUCUGGAGAUCCAGAAGAGUUUUUGGCAAUUUUUGACUUCAAGAUCGUGAUCAGUGUGAAGGAUUCAGUAAAUUUCACACUAUUUCAAGCCCAAAAUUUGCAGGUUUGCCAAAAAGAGCACUUCUGUUUCCAAAACACAGACAAAUAUAAGGAUAUGAUGUUCGCGUGUGCAAUGCCCGUGUUUUUGGCCGAAAAAUUUUCGACAUGUCGCAAGCAACUCAUCGAUUUUGCCAAAAAAUCAGAUACUUCUUGUCUCAAAUUUUUGAUCGACGAGAAAACUGUGAGUUUUUGGAAGAAGAAACCUAACAUGAGCAAUACUCGAAAUUUUCAGCGUUGUGAAAAAUGGGACGAGAGUCGAAAAUGUCUGAUGACCGAAAUCAAAGAAAUUUGUGGAGAAGGAAUUUACAAAACUGUCAAGAACAAGGAGAAAUUCGAGUGCUAA